UAGAAGAUGUCGAGGUACCACAAAGCAGCGAUUGAUGGUUACUUGGACCUCUUGAAGGAGGCCACAAGGAUGGACCUGAACAAUCCGGACGAGGAUGGCAUGACUCCCACCUUAUUGGCUGCCUUUCACGGACAUGUCGAUGCUCUUCAGCUCAUAUGCAGCAGAGGAGGAGAUCCAAACAAGAGUGACAUCUGGGGGAACACACCGUUGCACCAUGCUGCAGCCAAUGGCCACAUGCGCAUCAUCAGCUUUCUGGUCAGCUUCGACGCCAACCUUUUCGCAUUGGACAACGAGUUCCACACCGCUAUGGACGUUGCUGCGUCACGUGACCACAUGGAAUGUGUGCGCUUUCUGGAUUCUGCUGCCUCACAGCAGACCAUCAAAAACCCCAAAAAGGUCGCCAACCUGAAGAAGAUUGCCACCAAAGAGGCAGAAAAACGUGUGAAACACUGUGAGAAGGUCAAGAAGAGACACCAGAGCAAGAUGGAUAAAAUGUACCGUAGCAACACUGGAUCCGUGUCAGAAGCGAGCAUGGGAUCUGCGACCUCGAGUGGUGGCACCAUGACAGGCGUCAAUGAGCAGUUCUCCAAACUUAUUGCGGCUGACAAAUCUGGCUCCCUUACAUCCAGGGUUAAAGGCACACUCCAGAGGAAACUUGGGAAGACUAAAGGCACACUGACGCGAUCAACAGGAGAUGGAAAUGUUAUUUUCGGUAAGCAGGAGAAUGGAACAUCUGAGAAACCAGAGUUUUUGGGUGUCUUCAAUGAGCAGGAUGAGAACAUGGAAAACGACGAUGGAACGGCAGGCUUCGAAGAUUAUGAUGAUGAUGAAGAACAAGACCAAGUCAAACACUCCAUCUUCAACCGGCCUGGUCUUGGAGGUCUGAUUUUCAUGCACAAGAUGGGGCUGGAGUCAGAGGAUAUGCCCAGUGGUACCAAUGAAAGUCUUGGCUACAUUGUUAAGAAUGAUUUGUUCGAGGGAGAUGAAGAUGCAGCUGGCUUUGAGGAAGCUGGUGACGAUGACGUCCCCUGGGAGCAAGAAGAUCUGGGUCUUGACGAUGAUGAAGAUGAGGAGACCUCACCUUUGGAUGCAUUCUUGUCUUCCAUCUCCUUGCCACAAUUUGCUCUUAUGUUUAGCAGAGAGCACCUGGACCUGGAGGCACUCAUGCUUUGCUCUGAUGAAGAUCUGAAAGGCAUUCGCAUCCAGCUGGGACCCAGGAAGAAGAUCCUGGAGGCCGCUGCCCGCAGAAAGAAUGCACUGGAGGAUCCUGGCAUCAUGAAGGACAGCUUUCUGUGA